GCCUAAGAUUUAGACAAUUGGUAGAUCAGCCUGAGUUGCCUUGUCCCGCUUUCCCAUGGCCGAUGCGUUCGGAUCCCGCUUUCCAUCGAGGAUCGCAGAAGAAGCCGAGAAGGAAGAAGUCCGCCACCUGACCUAUCAACACUUCACACAUCUGGUGGCGGCACUACCAAGCUUAGAGUCCGGUUUUGUCGAUCCAUUCCACUGCUACAAUGGUUGGUACGGGUUGCUGACGAACAUCGUAGGCACCAUGGUCGACCAAAAAUACUUCAGAGCUCGCCCCACCGACGUACUAAUCGCCACCAUCCCCAAGUCCGGCACCACAUGGAUGAAAGCUCUCGUCUUCUGCACCAUAAACCGCGGCUCCCACGUCGACUCCCGACAUGCCUUGGAGUCCUGCAAUCCCCACGAGUGCAUCCCCUUUCUUGAACUCCAAAUCUACACCAACAACCGAGUACCUGACCUAAGCAAGCUGCCACCCCCGCGACUCUUCUCCACACACAUCCCCUUCCAUUCCCUACCGGCGUCGGUGGUGGACUCCGACUGCAGAGUCGUGUACUUGUGCCGCAACCCCAAGGACAACUUCAUAUCCUUAUGGCACCACAAAAACCGGCACAGGACGAAGGCUAACUUAGAGCCAUGGCCGCUCGAGAAGGCCUUCGACAACUUCUGCAAGGGCUUCUCUUUCUUUGGUCCGUUUUGGGAUCAUGUGCUCGGUUACUGGAAGGCGCACUUGGAAAGGCCACAGAAGAUACUAUUCGUGAAGUAUGAGGAGCUGCUGCAGGACACAGUAGCUCAGCUGAAGCAGCUGGCGGAGUUCCUUGGCUGCCCCUUCUCGGAGGAUGAGGAGAAGGAAGGGGUGAUCGAUGGCAUCGUGCGGUUGUGUGCCAUGGAGAGCUUAAGCAAUUUGAAGGUGAACAGGAGCGGCACGACGGACUUCGGGCGUUGGACGGUGGACAACAGCACCUUCUUCAGACGCGGUGUGGUGGGGGAUUGGCUGAAUCAUCUCACGCCCGAGAUGGCUGAUCGAUUGCAGAAGAUGACGGAGGAGAAAUUUGCUGGUUCUGGUUUGAUGUUCUAAGGCACAUAUCUCGUAAGAAUAAUAUAUGUGUGUAAUCCGACUGAUCUGAAGGUGUAAGAUCGAUGAAGCCAAUUUUCUUUUCUUAUUUCCAAACUUUUUUGCUUCUUUA